AUGCGAGUUGGCAACAGUCACAAGGACACAACAGGUGGGAGGAAAGAGUGUGCAGGGGCAGACCGGGCGGUCUGGGACCAGCAGCAGUCACGGGUGAGGAGUCAAGGUCACUUGCCAAGGGGACCAGAGGACCGUGCAUCCUCCAAACCAUCCGGUGAAACUUCUCCUCGGAUCAGCCAGUAUAGGACUCUGGUCCGCGUGCCCAGAGGCACAUCAUCCAGAGCUUCACCGGCUCAUGCUGCAGGCGUCUCCCGGGAGGACCAUGCCUCUGCGCCGCGGGAUGGUGCGCAGCGCACCGCCAGACAACCAGUCAGCCUGCAGCACAGAGCCAGAGUUAACCGCAGGCAGAGCAGCAAGUCUGCCAACACAAGGAGACUUGUUGGGCCGAAUGUCUGUGGAGGUCAGCAGUGCUGCUCUGGCUGGGCUUUGGCACCAGGAACCAAUCGCUGCAUAAAACCUGACUGCCAGCCCCCCUGCCAGAACCGUGGCUCCUGCAGCCGGCCACAUACCUGUGUGUGUCGCUCAGGCUUCCAGGGGCCCCGCUGUGAGGAGGUGGCUCCAGAGCAGGUGUACAUCCAUGACGGCGGCGCCCUAAGGCGUGUUCGACCCGGCACCAACCCUUUCCAGAAAGACCAACCACGGAGAAGGCCUUCAGAAAGGCAGGCCAUCGACACCACCAAGGUUCAGACCCCACGACCUGCGACCACCAGGCAGCCUGUGACCCAAGUGAGACGGGGACCCCCUGACUCCUCCCCUCAGCAGACUGGGACCUCCCGCACUGUGAAACGUUAUCCAUCAUCCUCUGGGCCUAUCACCUCCAACGCUCUACCCGGUGGCAACGGCUAUGCUAACAGCCACAGCAAUGAGCACAGGAACCGGCAUGGACACAGAAACGGUCAGAGUAAUGUGCACUCCUUUAACAGUCACAGGCCCACCAGCAGUGACAGCCAGCUGCACGGACAGUUCAACAAUGCACUAUUACCAGCAGGGGCCAACCUCACCUCCAACCUGGAUCGCAUUAAGAUCGUCUUCACGCCUAUGCUGUGCCGCAGGGUGUGCAGCGGCGGGCGCUGCUACAACAGCUGUGAGAGGGGAGACAUCACCACGGUUUACAGUGAGACCUCGCAGCAGCAGCAGCAGCAGCAGCAGCAGCAGCAGCCAAAGAACCAGGGCUUCAGACUCUGGGCCAACCUCACCUCCAACCUGGAUCGCAUUAAGAUCGUCUUCACGCCUAUGCUGUGCCGCAGGGUGUGCAGCGGCGGGCGCUGCGUACAACAGCUGUGA